AACUCUAACAACCUUUAACAACUUUCAACUAGUAAUAGGUUAGUUAACUAAUUUCAACUACCUCCUAUUACAAUCAAUUACUAUGGAAACACUUUAGAUAUGGGUUCUUUUUGUUGCUUAAUUGCUUGAUUUAUUUAUCGUAUUCGCCUGAAAUUCCAAAAAUCGCCAAAAAGAAACAUCGAAACACCUAUAAAAAUAGAAAAAAGCUAUGUUACCGAAUAUGAUUGGAUUUGGCUCAUUAUUAAAGUUUAGUUGGACUAUUUGUUUUUUUCUCAUUUGCCGAGACAAUUCGCUAAACAUUAAUAUCUCUUAUUGCUUAUAAGUAAAAACUAUAAAAGUUCGAUAUUUGUAAUCGAGACGAAUAUAAGAGAACUCUACUUGACUCUAUUCGCCUUUUAUAUAAUGAUGUUUCAGAUAGCUUAAUAUAGUGUCAAAAAACAAAUGGUGUAACUAAAAACAGCGGAAGUGUUAAGAUUGACUCUUUCAAAAAUGUCUCUAUUCACUAACGAACUUUGUGACUUUAUCUUCUAUAUGAGGUACCUAUUUUAUCUCCUGAUUAGUUAGAUUUACUGACUUACAUCUAACAGUACUUUACCUGCUAAUCGUGUUCUCCAUACAAAGAACUCUUAUGCAUAUAUGUUCCCUUAUAUUUACCAUCAUAGAGGGGUGAGGGGACUUAGAAAUCCAUUAUCACCCACUAUUGUUAAUGGAGAUUACCAGGAAUUCUUCUCCAAAUGAUCUCCCAAAGGUUCUGAUUUUGAAUCCACUACCAGUCUACACCCUCUAUGAAGCCGAAUUCUCUCAGCAUUUUCACUUCAUCAAGUCCUAUGAGUCCCCUGUCCCUCUCCCCAUCUCCCUUGCUGCCGCAAACUCUGCCGGAGUCACGGUCAUGCUCAUUGGUGGAUACAUCCCCAUCAAUGCGAAAGACAUCCUUGACCACCUCCCCUCCCUCCGCUGCAUAGUUUCCAUCACCGCUGGCCUUAAUCACAUCGAUCUUCAAGAGUGCCACCGCCGUGGCAUUGCUGUUACCUCCGCUGGUGACACUUACUCUGACGACUGUGCUGACUUUGCAGUGGCUCUUUUGAUUGAUAUUCUUCGGAAGGUGUCUUCUGGUGAUCACUUUGUGCGCAGAGGUGAUUGGAAAAUAGAGGGACUGUAUUGUUUGGGUCGUCGGUUGUCAGGCAAGACGGUAGGAAUCAUUGGAUUGGGAAGCAUUGGCUGUAGAAUUGCGAAAAGACUAGAGGCCUUCGGCUGCAGAAUUCUGUACAACUCAAGAAAAGAGAAACCAUCAGUUUCUUACACUUUCUACUCAGAUGUUACUGAGUUAGCAACUAACAGUGAUGUCAUCAUAAUAAGUUGCGCUCUGACUGAUCAAACCAGGCACAUGAUAAGCACUGAAGUGCUAUCGGCAUUAGGGAAGGAAGGCGUCAUUGUUAACAUUGCACGGGGGCCUAUAAUCGAUGAGAAAGAAUUGGUGAGAUUUUUAGUCGAAGGCAAGAUAGCUGGUGCUGGCUUGGAUGUUUUUGAGAAAGAGCCAAAUAUACCUAAAGAGCUUAUCGCUAUGGAAAAUGUUGUUCUGUCACCUCAUGCUGCGUUUUUAACUCACGAGUCAUUUCGUGAUAUUUUUGAGCUUGUGAAAGGGAAUCUUGAAGCUUUCUUCUCAAAUAAGCCAUUACUUUCUCCAGUCAUGGAUGUAUGACUCCAUGAUCACCCAUUUACUUAAUAAUCAGUUUCUAGCAGUUUGCAAGUGAUGGAUUUCUGUUAAUUAGUACACCUAUAUAAGAGAGUGUGACUGUAGGCAAUGGUAUGUAAUGGUUAAUUAGAUGGUUAUUGUCUUAGGACUUAAUGCUUACGAGUAAAAUUCUCUCUCUAUUUAUGAGUUACGUGCGAAGCCAUAUGAUAUCAAUUAUUAUUACCGUUUUUGUUCUUCCUA